GCUCGGGGCAGCCCCGGCAGCGGCGCUGGCCCCGCCGCACCGCACCGAGCAGCCGCCGGUGUCCGGCCUGAGCAGCGGCCGAGGGGCUGCGGCCGCCGGCACCGGGGCGGUUCCCACCCGGCUUUGCAGGAUGGUCGGGAGCGCGGCCGCUUUUCCCUUGGCUUGGAGGGAGUCCCUGUUCUGUGGCCGCUGGACGGACGCGUUCCCGGGAAGCAGCCGCCGGGCAGAGGAGCCCUGAGCGCUGCCUUCAGCGAGACGCUGCCUGCAGAGUGAUGCUCUCAGCAUGAAAAGGUGCUGUGAGGGUGUGGGGCUGCCAUGCCUCUUUAAGGGUGUCGGCAUGGCCGGUCCGCGGCCGCCCAGGUUCCUGCUGGUCUUUGACUUCGAUGAGACCAUCAUCAAUGAGAACAGUGAUGAAUCCAUCGUGCGUGCGGCUCCAGGGCAGGUGCUCCCGGACCACAUCCGCCAGACCUUCCGCGAGGGCUUCUACAACGAGUACAUGCAGAGGGUGCUGGCCUACAUGGGGGACCAGGGCGUCAAGAUGGGCGCCUUCAAGAGCGUGUACGAGAGCAUCCCGCUGACCCCCGGCAUGCCAGACCUCUUCCAGUUCAUCUCCAAGCACCACGAGCUCUUCGAGGUCAUCCUCAUCUCCGACGCCAACAUGUUCGGCAUCGAGUGCGCCCUGAAGGCUGCCGGGUUCUACUCCCUGUUCCGCAAGGUCUUCAGCAACCCGUCCAGCUUUGACAAGAGGGGUUACCUGACCCUGGGGCCCUACCACAGCCACAAGUGCCUUGACUGCCCGGCCAACAUGUGCAAGCGCAAGAUCCUGACGGAAUACCUGGCGGAGAGAGCGCAGGAGGAGCUGGAGUUCCAGAGGGUUUUCUAUGUCGGAGACGGUGCCAACGACUUCUGCCCUGCGGCCGCUUUGACUGCCAUGGACGUGGCCUUCCCAAGGAAGGGUUUCCCCAUGCACCGCAUGGCCCAGGAGAUGGAGACGAAGCAGCCGGGAGCCUUCCAGGCCACUGUUGUGCCUUGGGAAUCCGCUGCUGAGGUCGCCCACUACCUGCAGGAGCUCCUCAAGAAGUGAUGGCUCAGAAGAGACCUGGGUGCGAGGAGAGGAUGGGAGAGGCCUGGGGGGGGUCACGCCAUGGACCCCCCUGCUCAUCAGCACUGCUCGCUUGGCCCCUCCUGGGCUCUUUUCCUGCCUUUCCAGCUCCUUCCUCCCUGCUGAUGGAAGCACUUUCUCCAGGUCCCCCUUCCCCAUCCAGGUGAAGCCUUCUCUAUGCACUCGGACGCCUGCCCGUGGGUGUUUGCCAACACUAAAGGUGAUUUGGGGGGGGGGGUUUGGUUUUCGUCCCUUCCCCUUUUGACUUCACAAGGGCAAUUCCUGAAGGACCAGGCUGGGCCCUGCACAUGCUUCCUCGCACCCUCAUCCUCCUCACCCGCCUGGCCUCACCACGAGCUGCCUGCUGCUGCCUUCAUCCCUAUGCUCGAGGCCCCUGCAAUGGAACGCAGGGAAUCGGAGCUGCCCGAGCUCCCCCUCUGCAUCCCAGCCCUGCUCCUGAGCCUGGUGAUGGAGCUGUCAUCCCUUGGGGCUCGAUUCCCAGAACAGCCCUGACACGAGGAGCAGGAAUCCUUUGGGAAGGGGGUACCUUGGAAAACGCCUCCUGCAGCCCAUCGGAAGAGGAGGAGCUGCCCUUGCCUUCCACUGCCAUCCUCUGAUCCAGGGCAGAUUCCUCCUCAUCCUGAGCCAUCAUCGGUCACCUCCUCGUGUCCAUUGGUUCAAACCAACUCCCCUUGGACCCUGGGGAUGAGCUUCCCUCCUGCCCUGGUUCAGAGGUGCUGAGCCUGCCCCGGGAGCUCUGGUGCUGAGCACUUCCCCUGGCAUCAGCUCCCCUGCCCCCUGCAGUAUUUAUGGCCCCUUCCAAUUGCACUCUGCAGAGGGGCCCUUCAGCGUUUGCUGCUCCCUGAUGUCUCCAGGAUGUCUCCACAGCCUUAAUGGCCAAAGCAUAGGAACCCUGGCACGAACCUGAGCAGUGAUAACCAAAGCAGCCCCGAGUUGUUCCUCCUCUUCCUUCAUUCCCCCCCCCCCCUCUGUUCUUCCUCCUCUGGACCCCGUUCAACUGUGUGGAACUUAAAGCCAUGGAAUUAAAGACAUGCAUAUCUAUGUA